CGGGGCGGGGCGGGGCCGUGUUGCCAUAGGGCGGCCGGGCCUUUCUGUCUCUCUCUCUGUCGGCCGCGUGUCUCUGGCGGAGCAGCGCGCGCCAUGGACCGGACGGCAGUGGUGAAGGUGGGAGCGGCGGCCAGCGCGAGCGUCUGCGCGCUGUUCGGCGGCGUGGUGCUCGCGCAGUACAUCGUCGCCAAGAAGAAGCGCGCGGGCAAGAAAACACGGAUCAUCGAGAUGAUGCCUCAGUUUGAGAAGACCACGGUCCACAUGAGGGAUCCCGAGCGGGUCGAACAGAUCAUGUGUGGCCUCAUCAAGGGAGGAGCUUCCAAACUACAGAUCAUCACAGACUUCGACAUGACGUUAAGCAAGUUCUCCGUCAACGGGAAGCGCUGCCCGUCUUGCCACCAUAUUGUGGAGAACUGCAACCUGGUGACGGAGGAGGGCAGGCAGAUGCUGCUGCAGCUGAAGAAUAAAUAUUAUCCCAUCGAGAUCGACCCUCACCUCACCAUGGAGGAGAAAUACCCCUUCAUGGUGGAAUGGUAUUUCAAAUCCCACACGCUGCUGGUGGAACAGAGGAUACAGAAGGACAAGCUGCCCGAGGUGGUGAGGGAGUCUGACGCUGCACUCAGGGAAGGCUAUGAGCAGUUUUUUGACCGCCUGCACCAACACAGCGUGCCUGUCUUCAUCUUCUCCGCCGGCCUGGGCGACAUCCUGGAGGAAAUCAUGCAGCAGGCCAGUGUCUACCACCCCAACAUCAAGGUCGUCUCCAACUUCAUGGACUUUGACGACAACGGCGUCCUGAGGGGCUUCAAGGGCGAACUGAUCCACGUCUACAACAAACACGACGGCGCUCUGCGCAACACCGACUACUUCAAGCAGGUGAAGGACAACUGCAACAUCAUCCUGAUGGGCGACUCGCUGGGCGACCUCAACAUGGCCGACGGCGUGCCCAACGUGGAGAACAUGCUCAAGAUCGGAUUCCUCAAUGAUAAGGUGGAGGAGCGUCUGGAGAAAUACCUGGACUCGUACGACAUCGUCCUGGUGAGGGACGAGACUCUCGAAGUGCCCAACGCCAUCCUCCAGAAGAUUCUAUAACUCCACCCCCCCCCCGGACCGGCUAGCUCCACCCAGCCGACGCCUUUUCUGCCCAGGAUCCUGGACGAAAAGACUGCAAGACCUCCCUCCUAAACUGGAUCUGGUCUGAUCUGGAUCGGGCCUCCUGACUCCUACAUAUCUCGGGCCGUUGUCAGACCCCUCCCCACCUCCCCCACCCCCUCCCACGUUGACGCCUUUUUAAAAAAGACAUUUUCUGUCUUCUGAACGAACUGUUUUAAAAGUUGACGCAGCAGCAGCAUCGGUCUGUUUUGGUGUGUUUUGUCUUUUCGUUUCCCAUCUCCUCUCUAAUCUGUGACGUUAAAAAAACAACAACAAAAGAAUAACCAAAAGUGAGAAAAAAAAACCUCACAAGAACUAUGUCCCCAUCUCUGUAAUUUGCACAUUGUUGUUACAAUUGUUCAUAUAAUUAUUUUUUAUAUUGUAAUGUUUCUCAACCACAGGCAUGCACAGUGGUUUUUGUUGCAUUAAUCCCAGCAUGCAUCUCACCUCGUUUACUGUCUUGAGAUUAGUUUGGCAUCCCAUUGGCCAUCAGAUGUCAACCUCAUCACGUCCAGAAAGAAUUUAAAAGUGUAGCAUUGUUGGAUUUAAACAAGUUUCAAAGGGUCCAAGGGUUAUCGAACCGACUCAACACAUUAACAGCCAUGGAAAUGUUAAUUUCACGUAAGAAUUUUUUUUUCAGUGACGCAGCAGCAGAAGCACCGUGGACCUAGUAUUUGUAGAUUUAAUUUAAUUUGGGAUACAGAUAUUGACAGGUGGUGAUUCUGUAACUGCUGAAGACAGACUGGGGUUCCCCUUACCGUGCAUGCAACAGCCUGGCUUCAGGAAUCAGCUGAUCAGAGGAAUUGCACUUUAUUUUUUUAUUUUAUUUUUUUAAAAAUCGGGGAACUGAACCCCCACUACACAGGUGGCAGUAUCGAUUCAUGGAUGUAAGCACUGAUUCUUGCACAGAUGAGCCACAGUGGCACGGGGUUUUAUCCCAGUCUGCUCAUUUGGAGUUGAUCUUCAUUCCACAGUUGUGACAUUGAACGCACCCUUCACCGAACCCACUCGCUUUGUAAAGCUUCCCUGAACACAGACCGACUCAAAACGAGCAGUCUGCUUUUUUUCCCCAUAAAUCCCAGUUUAAAUGACACAAAGGGGCAUUAAUGAACGUCAGCUUCUACAGAAGGCCUGCAGUUAACACAAAUUAAAAAGUCACGUCUCCACAGUGCAUAUGAGUGAGGUAAUUGCAGCAGAUAUAUAUAUAUAUAUAUUUUAAAAAAAGUUUAAAAAAAGCAGGCCUAAAGUGAGUUUUUAAAGCCACAAAUAAUUACAUUUAAGUGGAAGGCAUCGCUUUAUUUGUAAUAUUUCUUGAUUUCCUUUAUCAGGUGAUCAGCAGGCGAUGCCUUAAAGGUUUUUUCUCGUGGAAUAAAACACUCCGAUUUAAAUGUGAACUAAAAGAAUGGUGGCCCAGUUUACAAUGGCAGUAAUCACUAAUCACCCAAUGCAGCGCCUAUUUUAUUUUUAUUCAGGGCCUUUUGUUUUAAAAUUCAUGCUCAUCAAGCAAGUUUUUAUUUUGUGUUUCAAUUUGAACACUACCUCUGAAAUAUAUAUAUGAAUAUAUAUAUACAUAUAAUUUUUUUUUUUUUUUUUGAGAGGCGAAAAGUAAAACUUCACCAUCCCUGUGUGUUGGAUGUUCUCUCUCUGUGUUUUAAUGUGCUGCUAUCACCUGCAUGUUGCCUUUUCUUAUAGUAGACUUUAUGUUCAAAUGGGAAAAAAAGGAGAAUAAAAUGGGGAAUUAUGU